UUGUUUCUCUCAGGCUACUGUGUCUUUCCUACACACCCAAAGCAAAUUAGGAUUUUCCAACUCUACAUUGUGAAUCAGAGAAUCACUGGAUAUGGGUGUGACCAUGAAAUCAACAGAUAUUUAUUGAGCCUCUUUUAUGUACCAGAUCUGAGCCCUUCCUUGGGGGCACCUGACAGUUUGAUGGAAUCCUUUAACUUUGAAGUUAGUGAAAAAAUUAAUUGCAGCAGGUAAUAAAGAAGAAUUACAAAAAUGUUUUGGGGCCCGAAUGGAGUUUGGGACAGCUGGCCUUCGAGCACCCAUGGGUCCAGGGAUAUCUCAGAUGAAUGACUUGACCAUCAUCCAGACUACACAGGGAUUGUGCAGGUACCUGGAGAAGCAGUUCAGUGACCUCAAGCGGCGGGGCGUCGUGAUCAGCUUUGACGCCCGAGCUCACCCCGCCAGUGGAGGCAGCAGCCAAAGGUUUGCCCGACUUGCUGCAGCCACAUUUAUCAGCCAGGGGAUUCCUGUGCACCUCUUUUCUCAUAUAACUCCAACUCCCUUUGUGCCCUACUCUGUGUCGCAUUUGAAACUUUGUGCUGGAAUCAUGAUCACUGCCUCUCAUAACCCAAAGCAGGACAAUGGCUAUAAGGUCUACUGGGACAACGGUGCCCAGAUCAUCUCUCCACAUGAUAAAGGGAUUUCUCAAGCUAUAGAAGAAAAUCUAGAGCCCUGGCCUCAAGCUUGGGAUGAUUCUUUAAUUGAUGGAAAUUCCCUCCUUCACAACCCUACUGCAUCCAUCAGUAACGACUACUUUGAAGAUCUUAAAAAAUACUGUUUUCACAGGAGUGUGAACAGCGAGACCCAUGUGAAGUUUGUGCACACCUCUGUCCACGGCGUGGGGCAUGACUUCGUUCAGGCAGCAUUCAAGGCUUUUGAUCUGGCUCCUCCUGAGCCUGUUCCUCAACAGAAAGACCCUGAUCCUGAGUUUCCAACUGUCAAAUACCCAAACCCCGAAGAGGGUAAAGGAGUCCUGACUUUAUCUUUUGCUUUGGCUGACAAAAUCAAGGCCAAAAUUGUUUUAGCAAAUGACCCAGAUGCCGAUCGACUUGCUGUUGCAGAAAAGCAAGACAGUGGUGAAUGGAGAGUGUUUUCAGGCAAUGAGCUGGGGGCCCUCUUGGGCUGGUGGCUUUUUACUUCUUGGAAAGAAAAGAACAAAGACCGCAGUGCCCUCAAAGAUACAUACAUGCUGUCCAGCACUGUCUCCUCCAAAAUCUUGCGGGCCAUUGCCUUAAAGGAGGGGUUUCAUUUUGAGGAAACACUAACUGGAUUUAAGUGGAUGGGAAACAGAGCCAAACAGCUCAUAGACCAGGGAAAGACUGUCUUAUUUGCAUUUGAAGAAGCGAUUGGAUAUAUGUGCUGUCCUUUUGUUCUGGACAAAGAUGGAGUCAGUGCGGCUGUCAUAAGUGCGGAGAUGGCUUGCUUUCUAGCAGCCAAGAAUUUGUCUUUGUCACAGCAGCUAAAGGCCAUCUAUGUGGAGUACGGCUACCAUAUUACCAAAGCUUCGUAUUUUAUCUGCCAUGAUCAAGACACCAUUAAAAAUUUAUUUGAAAACCUGAGAAACUACGAUGGGAAGAAUAAUUAUCCAAAAACUUGUGGCAAAUUUGAAAUUUCUGCCAUCCGGGACCUUACAACUGGCUAUGACGAUAGCCAGGCUGAUAAAAAAGCUGUGCUUCCAACUAGUAAAAGCAGCCAAAUGAUCACCUUUAACUUUACUAACGGAGGCGUGGCCACCAUGCGGACCAGUGGGACAGAGCCCAAAAUCAAGUACUACGCAGAGAUGUGUGCCCCUCCUGGAAACAGUGAUCCUGAGCAACUGAAGAAGACACUGGAUGAACUAGUCAAUGCUAUUGAAGAAAAUUUUUUCCAGCCACAGAAGUAUAAUCUGCAACCAAAGUCAGAGUAAAAUAUUCCAUCCUUGAACAUAAUCACACUUACCACCAGUGAAAGUAAUUGGCUUUUUAAGCAAUUUUUUGAAGGCCAAAUUAUUCAAAUUAUCAUUAUUUUAAGUAUUUAUAUAUUUUAAAUAAAUCUACAUUCUUCAUUGCUUUAUGUUUUAUAGUUAAGGUGACUAAAGAAAAGAUGGCUAAACCUAACAAAUCAACAUGACUGUUAAAAUGUUAAACCUGAGCAUUGUGUUUUCUAAAUGAAGAUUUUACAAGAAGCUAACUUUCAAAAACAGGUUGUAAUUAACAUGCCUUAGGGCUGGGGAUUUAGCUCAGUGGUUCCACCUCCUGCCUCGCUAAGCUGAAAGAACCUGAGUUCGA